UUUGAUGUUUUUUGUUUGUAGACAAUGUCGCGCUCUCGUCCUCAAUGGCAACUACAAGCAUUGGCUGCUCAGCGCCGAGACAACGAACUUCGCCGUGCCGAGGAAUUAAAAAAGGUGGCUAACUAUUUUGAAGCUAAUACAAAUAAAACCCGGCAUCAUGAGCAAUGGACCACAGAGGGAUACUAUGAAAAGGCCAACAAAGAGGCUGAAAUGCUUAGCCAGAGGAAAAUUAGAGCAGCACACUUAGAAGAACGCCGAAAAAAACUGGAACUAAUGUUAUUCCAAGAGAAUAUGCAGUACCAGCAGGAACUUAAAACGUUAGCAUCACAACCUAAACUUUUCAAAAAUGGGUCAUAUUUAAACAGGGUACCAACGUCUACACUCCAAGAAAUUAACCAGGGUAUUAUAGAGAAGGAGGAACAGUUGAGGCGACAGGAAGCUGAGCUUAAACUUCACCAUGCAUGGCGGCUGCGACAGCCUGAGUUACGAGCGGCCAGCUCAUAUAUUGCUAAUGGAAAGUUAAAAUCCACUUGGAUGGAGCAAAUAGUAGAAAAAGAAAUGCAGAAAAAGAAAGAAGAGGAAGAAACACGAAAAAUACUUCUGGAACGUGAUGAAGCUUUGCGGCGCCAGAUACAGAUAGAGGAGGAGAGACUGAAAGAGAAAGAGCUGAAAGUCAAGGAGCUUCGUGAAAGUCUCGAAGGCCAGAUUGCAGAACUAAGUGAAAAAGAGUCAGUUGUCAAAAAACUACGAAUAAUAGAAGAAAAAGAGAAACUUGUACUUGACGAAUUGAAAUUCUUAACCAGCGAGCGAAAGAAAGAACUAGCGAGGCUGAGGGCUGAAAGAGAUGCCACUAUCAUUAACAUGGGUCUGCAUAAGUAUAAAUUGAAAAGAAGAGUACUUUCUAUUCUGAAGGAAAUUGAGUUUGACUUAGAAAUGUUGGAUAAAGUAAAGAAGGCAGUUUUAAAGGAUUACGAAACUGAACAAGACAAGUGUGCUAAUCACAAAAGGGUGCUCGACGCUGCGCUGUCCCAGUUACAGGAGUACAGAGAGAGGGAGAGACAGAGACAGAAGAACAUUGAUGUUAUGUACGACGGUGAAGCUAGGCAGAUUAACGAGAAACAAGAUAAACUCUGGACAAAAGAACGCGAAGCCCGUGCAAUACUCAUGGAGGAUGUGUUAGCUACUCUACAAAAACAGGUUGAAGAGAAAAUUGAAGCAAAUAGGCUACGGCAAAAAGCCAAUGUGUUAGAGCGAGAGAAAAUAUUGGAGCAAAUGGACAGUUUUCACCAGGAAGUCAGAAGUAAAGAGAGAGAAGCGCAGCUUAAAAACAGCGCGUAUUCAAGCGUAACAGCGCUACAAUCUCAGCUGAGUGGUCUUCGCUUACAACAGCAACAGUUGCAGGAGAAGCAGGCGCGCGAACAAGAAUUACGAGAAGCAUGCGCCCGCGAGCGUGACGUCUGCGCAGAGAUCGCGCGCAUGCAACGCCGCGGGCAUAAGCAGGCUUGGACAUAAUGUUAAUACUCACAUAUACCAUUUACCUACAUGUUAAGCAUAAUAUCAACUUCAUUGUAAUAAUUGAGUAUCCCCCGAAUUAAAAAGUCUAAUUAAUUGUAGUUAAGAACCAUCUCGAUCACUUCUGCUUUAAAAAAAACCUGCGUCAUAAUCGGUCCAUUCGUGGAAAUGCUGCUAUGUUACAGACAGACACACAGUACCCACGGACACAUCAAACUUAUACCACUAUAAAUUCGGGUGUUGAAAUUGAGUAUAAAUGACCAUCAAAUAAGUUUUUUUUAUCUCAAACUAGUCGUGCAAUGCGAUAUUGUUAGUGUGGAUUCAAAUAAAAGUAUUCUAAUGUUAAUGUAGGAAAUUAUAUAUGUCUACAAGUCUGUACAGCCAUUUAAGUUUAAUUGAGGAACAAACAUACAAAUUUCUAAUCAUCCAAUCAUUCCACAUUCAUACUAUUUGUAGAAUGUUAUAAUUAAUAUUUUGGAUGUCAUAUAUAAGUAUAGGCGGAAUCUAUUGGAAUUUUAUAUUUAUUGGCUAUUGGAAUUUUAAAAUGGUAUGAUGAAGAUAGUGUCCUGUAACUAAACGAAUAAAAAAUUAAAAUUGUAUUUGUAAAGAGAUAAAAAAUACUCUAUUUUGAAAUAUAAUAGUUAUAUGUGUAAACAGAUAAUAGUGUUUUAAAGAUAUUAAUGUGCAUUUUACACUAGGUCAAUACCAGAUUUCUCUGUGUCCAAUAAUUCGUAUAUGAAUCUAUAUUUAUAAAUAAAUAUACUCAGGGUAUAUUUUAAGCUUUAUGUGUACCUUUUUAUAUUUAACUAGCGGUCCCGGCAAACGUUGUUUUGCCUUAAAAUAAAAAAUAAAAAUUUAGGGGUGAACUAUCCCUAACAUUUAGGGGGAUGAAAAAUAGAUGUUGUCCGAUUCUCAGACCUACUCAAUACGCUCACAAAAUUUCAUGAGAAUCUGUCAAGCCGUUUCGGAGGAGUAUGGGAACGAAAACUGUGACACGAGAAUUUUAUAUAUAAGAUGUAUGUAUAUGCGGAGUGCCGGUGGAAGAUGAUAGGAAGAGCAUGACGUCAUUCAUUACGUCUCUAAUGGUUACAUGGUGUCUAUCUUCAGAUUGUUUAUAUUCACUUAUAACAUGAAGAUAUUCAUACUAUAUGAGACAUCAAGAGAGACUCAGUAGACCUCUCUGGAGACUCAGUAGAGAGUGAUAUAACGCUAUACGCGGAGCACCAGUGGAGCAUCCCCCACUGAUGCUAUGCUAGAUUGAGCAUGACGUCAGUCACUAUGUCUUUACCGGUUAUGCGGUGUCUAUCAUCAUAGGUUUUUUUUAUAUGCACUUAUAAAAUGGAAGGGAGACUCAAGAGACCGUAAAAUAUUAAUAAUGUAAUGAAAUAAAUAAAAUAAUAUAGUUUUAUUCUUAAUGAAAGAUAUUAUAAAAGAAACGAGAAAGACUGACCAGUGGUGAGAUAGUUUAAGUCCAACAAUCGAAAUUAAUUUAAGAUCAAAUGUACUAAUCCUGAUAUUUAUUAUGGAAGUGCUAUAACAUAUUAUA